UAUGGCGGAUAUCAGUUGAGUUUAGGGGUUUUAGCCUUUUCCAGCUACAAAUGGCUACUUUAAUGAAUACUACGACCUCAAAAGGAGCUGGAAACUAUAUAGGAGAAACAAGAAAGCAACUCAGAGACGGUUUUGGUGUUUAUAACUAUACGAAUAAGUUCUUUAGAUACGAAGGUGAAUGGAGCAAAGGAAAGAAACAUGGCCAUGGUAAACUUCUCAUGGGAGAUGGCAGUUUUUAUGAGGGUCAGUUUAACGAUGGAGAAAUCCAAGGUCAUGGUUUUCGUCGCUGGGCGUCGUCCAGGAAUGAGUAUACUGGACAGUUUGUUCGAGGUGAAUUAACUGGACAUGGUGUUAUGGUCUAUGGCAAUGGAGAUCGAUAUGAGGGAGAAUGGCUGAAUGAUGGUGAUGUUUAUGAGGGAGAGUGGGUUAACGACAAACACCAAGGACAUGGCGUCAUSAAAUACAAAGAUGGAACUAUUUAUGCCGGACAAUGGUGGGGAGGAGAGAUCCACGGAGAAGGUUCCAUGAUACACUCAUCUGGUUUGUCUUAUGAAGGAUUAUGGGUCAGUGGACGACCAGAAAAUCGUUGGUAAGAAUCAAAUCGAGGUAGUACAAGGAAUGACAUUUGGCUUUGAAGUCGAGUGCAUAGCGGCCGAUGGUGARCGGRYACAAGAGGAUGGAAGGUUGUUACAGGCRACUGGUUGGAUCAGAGUACCAAACAUAAGAAAAACUCCUGAACCCAUGACCGAACAAGAUGAAAGACUACCCACCCCCUUUGGAUUUGACGUGGAGCCGUACUGUCUGACUGACUGCUUAACUGACACGUCCAGCGACAAUUUUCCAUUCUCGGGCCAAUCAGGAAGCCUAGCGUCAAUCAAGCCACUGCAAAAUGCUUCACCAUCGGAGAGUGCUGCUGACAUUCAGAUGGCUAUGGAAGCUGCAUCCGAGGUUGGAGGCGACAAAGAGGGUUCCUCAUCAGAGAGCCAACACGACUUAUCCAAUCGACUGACUGCCAUGUCACAAGCAAGUACCAUGAUGAACAGCUCAUUUGAAAAAUCCUCUGAAGAACCAUCUGAAGUAAUUCUCCCGCCUCCGCCAUCGGACGUAAGRACAACAAAAGGUACCGGAACGUUUGAGAGCCUUGUUCUUCCGCCAUUACCACCRGGAAUGAAGGCGUUCCCUAGUAUAACAGAGAUCGCAGAACCUACAAGACCUACGUAUGACCAUUCCAAUAGAAGGGCUAGUUUAAUGAGAUGGAAAAAGGCUGGAUCAAUCAUCAACCCUAGUCUUAUGGGUGGUGCAAACACCCCAACAAUCAGCGAAGAGAAGGACAAAAAGAAGAAAAAGCAAGAAACCAUGGCGGACAUUGUUGAAAAGGCAGAUGCUAAAUCGAAGAAGAAAGAUAAGAAGGAYGACAAGACUGAAGAGAAACUUUGUAAACCAGGUGAUUACGUCAUCGUCAUUCAAGACGCCACUAUUCCACGAUUCCUSGAGUCACGACUACAACCCGCCAUGCUCCACGUCAAAGUAAUACCCAAAAAGAGAGAAAAAAGUAAGAUGGGACGAACAUAAUGACGUCAUGUAUCUCGUCACAUUUAUGUACAUACUACUAGAAUUGACGUCAUAACGUUUUCCUGAUUUAUUGWAGUCAUUCAUUGAGCAGUUUUAAUAAGAUUGCCAUCUGUAAAAAUUCCUACAAUAUUCAUUUUGUAAUAUUUUUAAAUAUUAAAAUUGGUUUCCUCAUAAUUAAAAAAACGUUUUCGUAGAAUGUUGCAUUUCCCUCGUUAAUAAAUAGCCGACUUGCGAAUUACGCGUCAAUAGUCACAUACAAAGGAAUCAAGAC